UCAAAAAUACCGUUCGAUGCUUUCCGGCAAAACGCGUAGAUCUUCGCCUUCAACAGAUACGGACUGAAACAAAGAAACCAACAAAGGGGCGAUUCAAUUCGACGAUGGUUUGCUUGGCGUGUUUGUUGCCUCUCUUCCUCGUCCCUAUCGUGAAUGUACUGCCUCUACUCUUUGAUUUCAUCAUGGGGAAGGUUUACGGGAUUUUGGGUUGGGAGUAUCGGAAGCCGGAGAGGGCGCCUCCGGCAUGUCCCUACAAGCCGGCAGCGAACGGAAGCAGUGCCAGAGUGGCAGCAGAACCCCAUCCCGAUGCAUCAGAGCCUGUUCAGAAACCGCCAGGGGUAGCAGAUGAUAAGAAGCUUGACUAAACUCGGACCGCUUUCUAUGCACAAAGGGGAAACUUAAGAUAGAGAUUGCUUUGGAUGUGUGUGUAGAGAGACAGGUGAUGGGUGCUAUCAAAAUUGUGUUUUGAGCAAUCAUGGGUCGUUGAGAGAUUACUGUUGGAUACUGGUGGCAAAUUCAUGUUUGUUAUGUUUACCCGAUUCUGAUGGGAAAUUCUGGCUUGGGGUAGGCCGAAUUUGAACUAGUUGUGUUGCAAAAACUGUAAAGCUUUAACAAACUUGUCAUUAAGAGAUAAGAUUUCCUAACCAAA